UUCCGAUAGCAUUAAGGGAAGGGAGAGCUAGCGUUUGUUAGUUGCGACAGUCUGGUGUGUCCUGAUUUUUUUCUCUUUCCUUAAGAUGGCCUUGAGCAGUGUUUUACGGCUAACGAGGAUGCAUGUUUUGGGAUAUCUGGUGAUUGCAGUUUAUUUAAUACAUUUAACAGCUAUAUCAGGUCAAACUACCACAGCAGAAUCUAUAAGCAAUUCAAGUACUACUUCCACACCUAGUACAACUACAAGGAUACUACCAUCCACAACGACAACGCCCAUCCCAAGUUCCACUUCAACUAAACCAACCCCAACAACAACAUCAGCUCCUGUCACUACUGAGCCUGGCACAAAGGAAAGCAGUAGAAAGUUUGAUGGUGCCUCAUUUGUUGGAGGAAUAAUUUUGGGCACUUUUUUGACUGUGAUUUUUAUUUUAGUGUGCAAGUGGUGGCAGGGUAGGAAUAAGAGCUAUCACAGUUUGUGAGUCAAGCUGAUGAGCUAUGGAAGGCUCUGCUCAUGCUGACAGUGAACUAUGAUAUUUUAUUGGCUGGUUUGCCAUUUUGUAUUUUUUGAGGAAAUUUUAUGGAGGAGGAAAUGUGGGAGAGCAUUUUAUGGCUAGCUAAUGGUAGAAGUGAAUUAUUCUGUUUCUUUUGGUUUGUAUUGACUUACAUGAUGGAUUACUCUGGGAAAGCAGGUCUACUUGAAGUUACAUUAAAGAGUAGAUGAAAAAAAGCCUUAGUGACUUCUGAUUGACUACAUUCUCCUUCCAAAUUGUUUUGUAGUCUCUUGUGAAACAGAUGGGAGAAGUAGAUGUUACCUCAAAAUCACUAAAGCCUUUUUUCCACACUUCGUUUCAGUCAAAAAUUAUUUCUGUCCAUCUCUGUGCCCAUCAAGUGGCUUUAGAUUUCAUGAUGCCUAAGAUCUUCUUAUAAUUUAAAUAGUUUCAUUGUCAUAUAUUCUUGACAAUUUUUGUUUUUCUUUUCCCCUUAAAUUACAUAAGUAUGGUUCAUAUUAUUUCCUUUAUUCAAACUUUUAGAUGGAGUUUUUUUUUGUUCAAAGUGUUGGCCAAAAUUUUGUUUUUUUGUGAAGAAAAACCAAAUUUGUCAGAAGAUUUCAAGUUUCAAAAUUGCACCAUGGUAAAAUUAAUGGUGUUUCCUAAGAGGGAUCCCUUAAGAAAUAACUAACCAGGAAUUAAUACAACUUAGAGAUAAGAAUAAUAAUAAACACUGUUUUCUAGGAUUUUCUUCAACAAAGCACACUGUACAUCAUCAAGGAAUUGUGUAAACAUGUUGUUUAAGUUGAAGGCUACACUAUUAAAUUACUCUAUUAUAAUUGUAAAAGGUAAUUGAAAAGUUUUCAAGUUAAAAUAAAUAAACUAACAUAUUUU